AUGUUUUGUAAACAUUGGAGACUUGCGGUUAAAUAAUACACUUCCCGGUACGAGUUCGGUAUGUUUAGCACUCAGGAGCGUCUAAAAAGACGUACUCCUGCUGGAGGUAUCAACCGAAAGACAUACCUGCGUUUGCUGGUGGAUGAGUAUUAUGAAACAUCGAACAUAGAAGCACAACAGCAAGUUACGGCAAAUCUAGCAAAUUUUGCGUACGACCCAAUCAACUGGAAGUUUUUGCGUGAGGCAAAAGCGCACGAACUGUUUUACGAAAUUGUUCAACAAUCGUUGCAAGGAAUAGUGGAUCGUUUUCUAGUGCUACACGCUAUCGUAGGGCUAGCAAAUAUUUCUCUCGAUCCAGUAAUUGCAGAAUACAUCGAGCGAAGCGACGGUCUCGAACAGUUGCGAGUGUUGUUGGAAAAGUAUCGAACAGAUUGCGAAAUCAUUUGUAACGCGUUGACGUGCUAUUCCUUUCUGCUAAAUGACAGAAGAACUCUUUUACUGAAACAGAACAAAUGUUUAUUAAAUUUGUUAGAACAUUUUAAACAAGCGGCGAACUCUAGAAUUGCAAAUCUUGCCACGAUAUUGGCAGAAGAUCGAACUGUGUUCAGUUUGACGAGAAUCUUUCGCGAAUCCGAUGUACAACAAUUUGUGGCACUAACGGGGGAUCGUAAUCCGAUACAUGUAACCGACGUACCUGACCGCAAAGAGCAAAUAUUCGUGAAUGGAGCCUUACUGAAUGGUGUCAUUGCUGGGAUAAUCGGCACUCACUUUCCGGGCUUUGUGGUGACUACGCAGAACUUUCGUUUCCCGAGUCGUUGCCACCUGGACAAGGAAGUCCACUUUAACGUGAAAGUUGAGGAAAUGAGGAAAAUUGUAACUGUUUCGUAUGAGAGUAAACAAAACGGUAUCGUUGUUUUCGAAGGCCAUGCAAAACUGUUUGCCGUGCGAAGGUGA